GUGAUCGCCACGGUGCCGACGGAGCGGCUGCCGUGUUUGAAGGAGGCGGGGCUUGGCCUGGAGCCCGGUGAGGAGGAAGGGGAGGAGCUGGCGGAGGACGAGGAGGAGAUCGACUGCGCCGAGAGAGAGCUGCGUCGCGGCCAGAUCCUCUGGUUCAGAGGCCUGAACCGUAUCCAGACCCAGAUGCGAGUGGUGAAAGCAUUCCGUAGUUCGCUGUACGAGGGCUGCGAGAAACCAGAAUCCCGCAACUCCAUCCACAACUUCAUGGCCCACCCAGAGUUCCUCAUCAACGACCUCAUCCACAACAUCCCGCUGAUUGACGACACCGACGUGGACGACGAAUCAGAGCUCAGCCGAUACCAGCACCUGCACCCGGCCCUCCGCAAGCCGCCCCCUCCACCCGCUCAGCCCCCGGCCCGCACCCGGCCCACCCGUCCUUACCGCCAGCACAGCCUCCCGGUGACACCGUGCAACCGAAACAACAACAACAACAGCAGCAGCAGCGACACCGCCGUCAGCAACAAACACAGCAUCAGUAAAGACCCGAGCCAGAGCCGCCAUCACAAACACCACCAUCAUCAUCAUCAUCAUCACCAUGGCAGAGACCGGCCACUGAAACUCCCCGCCCCUCACCCGGCGCAUCUCUUCUGCGUGGAGACCUCCUUAUAACCAGGUCAGGCCAAAAGGAUGAUGGAACGGUGGAGUGGGGGGGAGAUAAGGGCUGAGGACACACGGUGACAUUUUCAUCCAGCCUGCCUCACGCCACGCUCACAGGACGGAGCAAAGGACGAAGGAGGCAGGCGAGGGAACAAUGAUCGGAGACUCAUGACUGCAACUUUUUCCUCCAUUUGCCCUCCUCCAGCCCAACUCCCCCCGCCCCCCUUCCUCCGUUCACCCCACCAGGCUUUGCUCCGACCUCGCGCUCGCUCAUUCCUCUCGAAGACGGGCGGAGCCGGCACCCGAACAUCCCUCAACGCAUCGGGGGGGCCGCCUUGCACUGUCACCACCACCUACCUGACUGCAGCCACUUUAACGUCGCUCCUCCGCUCGCGAUACCUGUGAAAUUAAUUUUGUCAGAACCCCCCCACCCCCCCAAAAAAAGAACAUCGCUCAUUUGUUUCCUAAGGUCCGCUCUUCUUUUUCAGUCUGUGAACGUGUUCUGUCUCGUCUCAUCUAAAGAAAAAACAAACAAAAAAAAAGUGACAAAAACAGAAACGACAUUAAUUUCAAUUCAAUAGUUGGUAGAACUGCCGGCGAACUGAAAGAUGGAGGCAUCAGGUUGAAUGUUUUUAGGAAGCCACAGCACUGAGCUCUUCAUGUUCAUCACCGGGGAUUUUCCUGGCCCGGGUCCACCCAGACCUGUUCUCUGUUGCCAUCAGAGUGUGUGAGAGGCAAACACACAUGUUUGGGUGUUUCUGUUGCGUCCCCGUCUCUUCAUGUUCCUUUGUCUUCUUCGUCCCUUCCUCUCUUAAGUCGUUUUGUUAGAGGGCCUUUUUUCUUUUUUGGAAAAAAGCUGGAAGCUAGUGAAGCAUUAACCCUUUAAACGCCAUCACACGCACGAUGGCCCUUUAAGACUAACRUGCCCUCACCUCGCUCCCGCCCAUCGGCUCAUCUCCGCCGCGUAACCAGGAAGUUCGUUUGAACGCGGUCAUCCUCAGCCACCUGCUCGAUCCGCGGCAGUGUUCAGUUUGAAAGCUCGCUCAGGACUAUCAGGUACAACCAAUGAGAGCUCACCUGUCCUCAUGUCCCGCCCCUCAAUGUCACAACGUGUUUCUCAUAACUAACAGGAAGUUCUCCUGGGAAAGCUUUCCUGCUGGACGUUGGAUGACAUCAUUGGUGCCAGUGGUGGGCACAGUUAUGCUAAAACCAAAACUAGCGUCUAAUUUAGCAGAUUUGGAAACUGUUAGCGGACCAAUUAAAUUCCACAAUAAAUUCACACGUAGUUAAACUAACCUUUUACUGCUGUUUAUCUCAAAUUAAACAAAAAAAUAUCUCCUCAUACAAGCAACACUGGACAUGUCAGGCACUGUGUGUAGCAUGUAGCAUCUUUAGCAGCUAAACUUCAAACUAAGAGCAUCGAAGACAUAAAAUCACAUUUAACAAUAUUUAAUAAACGAAUACAAAAAUUGACUACAUACAAAAUAUGGUAGAGAAAGUAUUUGUUUUUGUUGUUUGUCUAACUUCAAACUGUAUUUAUAAAACAUGAACUUGAUCAAAGACAUGCUUUUAUUCUGGAAGUGUCACAAGUUAUACAGAGCUAUAACUCUGGUUUGGAUUGGCUGAUUUGAAACAGAUGAUCCCACCCACCUUCAAAUUUACCCAAUAGAAAACUAGCAACAGGUUCGUGAUUAGCAUUAUCAGCGCUAAGAUCCUUAUUUAGUGGGUUAGUGGUUAGUGAAGCUAACGUUUUGGUUAGCUGUGCCCACCACUGAUUGGCACCAUAACGACCCAACAACUUUAAAGCUCAUUAAUCAAGUUGUUUAUUGAUUAAUCAGUUAAAGUCAAGAAAAUUUUAUUUUUUAUGUACUUAUUGGAGAUUCUUAUCAAACAAUCCAUGAGUUGACUUUUACAUAAACAAAAAAACUGACAGUGUUUUCGGCUGAAUAUUUACGCAUAAAGAGAAGUUUACAAAAGAAAAAAAAACUUUUGGAUUGGUCAGCUCAGACGAAGCUCCGCCUACUAGACUUUUCCAACUCAAAAAUUUGAAAAUAGUUGAGCCAAAGUUGGCAAAUUUUAAUGUUUUUUCGUAAUUAUUCUACUAAACAAUUACAUUUUUGUUCCCGUUGGAGCGGAUAGAAGCAGGAAAACGUUACGUUUAAAUUAAACAUUUCAAUGAACUUUAAGRGCGUUUCCUGAAACGGCUGCCUGGUCAGCGUUCUCAUCCAGACAUAAACUAAACGGCGUUUUGUUUGAGCGGGGGUAAUUUUCAUACAUCAGAGCUGGUUUACAUUCCCGCAGAUCAUAACAUUCCAGACCAGGUGAGCGAGCCGAGCCACCCCCAUGUUGCAUCAGGUGUGGGUAAAUCGAUGUCACUCAGAACAAUGCAAACCCUCCUCCCAGUGUCUGACCCCUGACCCCCUACAGACCGGCCCCUCAGAGGAAGGCAGACGAUAUGCAACAGACUGCCGUGUUGACACGCCCGAACACAGCGAGCCACACGUCUGUCCUGCCACUCGUUUCAGGAUGUUUGCAGGGCUCUCUGGGAACCCCCCAUCCUCGCACACCUGUACAGAACUCUUCGUCUUCUCUGACGCUCAUCGUCGUCGUCGUCGCAGCGGGGCGGCGACCGUGUAUCGGUCUGUCUGUUUUAACGCAUGCAUUUGGUAUCAUUAAUGUCACUCUUUAUGUGUUGGUAACUCAUUUAGGCUACUGUCACUUCUGUGUGAUGUUCUCUCUCUCUCCACAUCUGCUAUCUUCCUCUUCAUCGCACACACAUCUGUAGGAAACACACACACACACUAAACGACAGGGGCAAUCAUCUGCAGUGGUGUAUAUUUUGCAGCUCCAGACGUCUCCGUCCCUCCACAUUACCCGUUUCACAGAAGGCGAAACACAAAUGUGAAAAAGAAUAUAUUUAUCGAAAAAUUAUAAAAAGUGUACAACUGCACCACGACUGUACAGAUCGCUCCGAAAACGUGCACACGUGCAUCUUUGAUUUUACAGGUACUAUGUUCCUGUGACACUUUUUUUAUGUUUCUUUCGUUUUAUUCCUAUUUGCUUUUUGUAAAGAGAGGAACAACAAAAAUGGAAGCGCUUGUAUAUUAUUAUUAUUAUUAUUAAUUCUUGAGUUUUUUUCCUCCACCGGUGCUCCCACUGAUGGAAAAAAAAGACAGUUGCACAUUCUCCUGAGCAUAUUCUGAGGGCUGCGUUUUCUCUCCGUCCCAACAGGCCCUGAGGCGUGCGGACAAACCUGGAGUCCUUUAAGACCCGGAGACGCCGCUCUGUAAAUAACCAACAGGUGACAGGAUUGUACCUCAUACAAAGUAACUAAUAUUUGGGGGGUUAUGGGGGGUCGCCGCAGAGCUAGAGACUGCAGAAGUGGCAGUGCCCCCUCGCACUGUUUAGGCUGCUCUUUUAGAUCUGCCACAGGGUGUUUUUACUGCCACCUUAUCCGAGAGUUAACUUUUUUCAUGAUUUCAUUUUUACAUACUGCUAUAAAUAUACACGGCGCUGUUCCGCUGACAGAAAACGCAGCCUUAACCGUGCUGAAAUUAAAACAAACAAAAAGACUAAAAAAAGUUUUAAAAAAACCGAACAAAAAAUUUAAAAAAGCAAAAAAUAUAAAAGAUUAUUGAAUAUAUUAAAGAGUUACCUGCCUGUUAUUUAAGCGAAUAAAUAUCUAUAUAUGAGGAAGAACACACCUGUAUACUGUAGACUAAAUCUGUAUUGAAAUCUAAGAGAAUUUAAUGGGAAAUAAGUCCAACAACUUUUGUCUGUAUGAAAGAAAAAAAAUACAUCAAAGUAUUCUACAAUAAUAACUUUGACAAAGUCUGUGUGSUCCUGUGUUGUUUGUUCGGGUUUUUCAAUCUUCCGAAACUCAACCUGAGUUUGUUCGUUUUGUAAAAUGUAAAUAAAAAUCAGGUUGUGAUUAUUUGCAGAACUCAUAAAUGCAUAUUUUAUUAGCGCAGUUCUUACAAGAAAMACUAGCUGAUUCGUAUUUUUUGAUGCAGCCGGAGCUCAAACCUGCAGCCUCAGGAUUGUGAGACAGCUGAGCCUCCACAGCUCCAGAGGAGAAUCUAUCAAAUAUUGAAAUUUUAGGGGAAAUAAGGUAAUUUUAAAUUUUAUGGCAGCAAAAAAGGCUCUUUAAACUUGCUCCAGGUUCAUGUUUUCCAGUGAAGCGUCUCUUCUUUUACCUGUAGGACCUGCGGAAACCAGGUCUGGAGGUUUUAACGAGAACAUUGUCGAAGACUUGUCUUGAUGUAGGACUCUGCUGGUCCAAUAAUCCUGGAUGACAUCAUCCUUGACCAUCACAUCAAAAUGACCGAAACUCAGUUUCUGAUCUCUGCUUUUUAAAAUACAUUUUGACAAAAGCAGGUCCAGCUAGAGAUCCGGCUUGAUUUGUGUUUCUAAUCAGGAUAAAUCAUUAAUUGGUCUGAAUCCUAUUUUUAGUUGUUUAUACUAUUUAUCAUAACUUUGGCUUCAUUCAACAAUUUAAAAACUGGUCUUCUGUAGUUUGGAAUCUAAUUUGGACACAAGUCAAAACAGUCUCAGAGAAGGCGUAUUUUUCCAAUUAGAUUUAAAUAGGUCAUGUGACUAGGCUCUAGUGGGCUUAUAGGCCAUACUUUUUAAAUACUGUCACGUUCAAUACCAGGGUAUUACCACAAAACAAUACCACCCAAACCUAAUAAAUUUGUGCAAACAUGUCAGAAUUCUUCAUAAAAGGCCAGAUCAAUGAACGCUAGUUUCAGUUACUUCAGAGGUUUCUGUGCGUAAACAAACAAAUAUCAGUCUGCAAUCAGUCACAAAUUCUGCUUUUUAAUUGUUAAAGGCAGACCAUGCUCCUCGUGAUCCACUGUCCUGCAGGUUUUAGACGUUUCGCUGCUUCUGAACUGAUUAAAAAUUUAAAUUACCUAAUCAGAAUGUCAACGGGUUUAGCAGACGCCUGUCAGUCACCGUUUCAUUUCAGUCAGAUGUGCUGCAGCAGGGAAACAUGUAAAACAUGCGAGUCAAAAGAAAUAGGGUUGAAAACAUCCAGGGUUAGGAAAUUACAGAGAACUCAAGGUGCAGAUUUUUGUUUUUAAUGAAUUUGUUGAGUGGUCUUUGAUUUUAAUACCUUUAACACAAUGUAAAAAAUGCUUUGCUGUUUGAGCAAGUUUUAUACUUUUUUUUUAAACUUUUAUUGAGUCUGACACCAAGGCUUUCCUAUAUUUUGUUUGCUAUUUUCAUACUUAAACACUAUUAUUGUUUUUACAGGAUGUUAACUGUACGGCCCUGCUUUGUGUGCUUCCAUUAAACGAGGACUUGUUCAUUUGCUCUGACAACCUUUACCAGACUUGACCCAAAUGUUCAGGAAAACUUAGACCUUUAUCGGCAGAGAGCUUGCUGUUCAGAGAGAGAAAAAGAGAUGAAUUAAUAUCAACAGUACAGAACAAGACUCAGAUAUAUGAUACUCAACUGAAAGUAAAUGUGAUUUAUUUCUUCGACAAUCGGCAAAAAACAUUUGCCUCAAACAAAAUGUGUUCAAAAUUAAACAUUUACACUUUAUUAAACAUGAUGGAAAUCAACUCUGACAGCAGUUUGUGUAACUUUAUGUACAUUUUCAUCUGAAGAUACUAUAUACAAUGAGACUGUGUCAGCGUCKCUCCGAGUAAAGGAGCAGCUGUAGUAAAAAAAAAAAAAAAAAAAAA